GUAGUGCGACAUCAAUUUUUUAUCCUUCAGGUUCGCUCGAUAGCAUUUCGAGAGACAUUUUACAAAUACGGAAAACAAUGUACAGUUCAACGAUAACUGAAUACGAGGACAAUAAAAGCCGAAAGUUAACGCUGGAAACGAAGAAUGGCAAGAACUCGAUUCUCGAUCAACUGUCAAAAGAGAACAUACCGGUGGUACAAUCACUGGUUUGGACCUCUAUCACUCUUUUUUCUGUUCUCCAUAUCAUUGUAAUCUAUCUAUUUGUCACGCGAUAUAAUGAGGCGAAAUUUUGGACUUGGAUAUUUGCAAUAUCAUAUGAAAUCCUUGGUGGUUUGGGUAUAACGGCAGGUGCUCAUCGUUUCUGGGCACAUAGGAGUUAUAGUGCCACAUUACCACUUAAAAUUAUGCUAGCUUGUUUGUUCUGCUCGGUCGGACAGUUUUGUUUGACUAAAUGGAUCCACAUCCACCGAAUGCAUCAUAGAUACACGGAUACAUCCGCGGAUCCGCAUAAUGCUAGUCGCGGUUUUUUCUUCUCGCAUAUUGGCUGGCUAAUGGUGAAAUGUCAUCCGGCAGUUAAGGAAGGUAGUAAAAAUGUGGAUAUGAGCGAUAUUGCUGCCGAUCCUGUAGUACGUUUUUUCGACAAAUAUUAUCUGCCGAUCAUGUUCUCCCUAUGCUUUGUUCUACCGACUCUGGUACCCGUAUAUAUAUGGAACGAAACCUGGAUAAUAAGCAUAGGUGCUACGAUUUUCCGCUACAUAUAUCUGUUCAAUGCGGCUGCUGCUGUCAACAGUUUUGCUCAUAUAUGGGGCACUCGCCCGUACAACAGGAAUCUUAAGGCAACUGAAAAUCCAAUAGUAGCCUUCUUUGCUCACGGUGAGGGUUGGCACAAUUACCAUCAUUGUUUCCCGUGGGAUUACAAAGCCGCGGAGUUAGGUUUAUAUCGUCUCAAUCUGCCGACCGCCUUUAUAGAUUUCAUGGCCUGGUUAGGAUUGGCAUACGAUUUGAAGACACCGAGUUCUGAGAUGAUCGACAAAUUUUGCGCGAAAAAAGCAAUGUACGAUUCAAUAACCGAUUAUGAGGAGAAUAAAAGUCGAAAGUUAACACUGGGAACAAAGAAUGGCAAAAAUUCGAUUCUCGAUCAACCUCCAAAAGAGAACAUACCGGCGGUACAACCAUUGAUUUGGCACAAUGUCAUUGGUAUCCCUCUUCUCCACGUCAUUGCAAUUUAUUUGUUCGUCACACGAUAUAACGAGGCAAAAUUUGGGACUUGGAUAUUUACAAUGUUAUAUGCAAUCCUUGGUGGUUUGGGUGUAACGGCAGGCGCUCAUCGUUUCUGGGCACAUAGGAGUUAUAGUGCCACACUGCUACUCAAAAUUAUGCUGACUUGUUUUUACUGCACGACCGGAGAGUUUCGACUUACUGAAUGGAUUCACGUGCAUCGAGCGCAUCAUAGAUACACGGGUACAUGCGCGGAUCCACAUAAUGCUAGUCGCGGUUUUUUCUUCUCGCAUGUUGGCUGGUUAAUGAUGAAGCAUCAUCCAGCAGUUAAGGAAUAUGGUAAAAAUGUAGAUAUGAGCGAUAUUGCUGCUGACCCUGUGAUACGUUUUUUCGAUAAAUAUUUUUCGCCGAUCAUGCUAUCGUUAUGCUUUGUUCUACCAUCUCUGAUACCCGUAUAUAUAUGGAACGAAACCUGGAUAGUAAGCAUAGGUGCUACACUCAUUCGCCACCUGCUUAUAUUGAAUGCGACUUUUGCUGUCAACAGUUUUGCUCACUCAUGGGGCACUCAUCCGUAUGACAGGAAUCUUAAUGCAACAGAGAAUCCAAUAUUAUCCUUCCUUGUUCUCGGUGAAGGUUGGCACAAUUACCAUCAUUGUUUCCCGUGGGAUUACAAGGCCGCGGAGUUAGGUUUGUAUCGUCUCAAUCUGACGACUGCCUUUAUAGAUUUCAUGGCCUGGUUAGGAUUGGCGUACGAUUUGAAGACAUCGAGUUCCGAGAUAAUCGACAAAUUAUGCGCGAAAAAUGGUGACGGUACGAACCUUUUAAAAUUAAAUGCAAAAUAGAUAUAUAGAUAUUAAAGAAGAAAGAAUUUAACGAGAAUAAGUGUACGUAAUUUUUUCAUGAUAA